UAGUGUACUAAAGAAAUCUUAAAGAAAUUUGAAUUCAGAUGUAUUGAAAUUUGUUUACCAAUUUUAAAAUUAAAAUUAAUUGUUCCUUUAAGAAAGUAGAGUUUAUUCACAACUUAGAAGAUACAGUGUCCUGUUUAGUUACUUAAAAAAAACUGUCCUGGGUGAGGGACAGUUUUUAGCUGGUUGAAAAUCUGCCAAACAUUUGCAAUAACAAAAGCAAUCCUUCAAGGCUUUAUUAUACAAAAUAGAUAUAUGAACAAUUUUAAUUCAUAAAAUAGUAAAAGUGAAGAAAACGUUUUGAUGAGCUGGAAGUGUUCAUGUUGCAGACGUAAAGAUCUGAGAUGUUUUCCUCACUAAAGUGUUUUCAUUAACAGUUUGAACAGUUAAAAUAAUUGUUAAUGGUUGUUAUGAAUCAAAUCCUUGCGGUCUAUAUACCAUCGUAACAGAUGAAAAGAGACAGGAAACAAACACUUCUGUCUGUCUUAAUUCCUCUGGGACUUCUAGAUCAAUUAUUUAUUUGAUAUAUGAGACAGCUUCCUGUCUGUCACAAUCACUAAUACAUGUCUCACAGUGUGUCUCAUUUAGAUAGUCAUGCAAAAAAACACAUUGAAUCUCAGUGAAUUAACCACAUUGAUUUCAGUGAAAAAUAUAUAAAUAAAAAAGCUGAUUGUCAGCAUCCCUAGCAAAUUCAGUAUUGUGAUAAAAUGCCCAGUACAAUAUAAUUAUUGUUAUUUGUAUGACACAAAUAAUGGCAUAAAAUAAUUAAAAUGAUUGUAUGAAUGAAUUGGAACAUCCUGUUAAUUAUUGAGAAUGUCCCUGAUUUUGUCAGUACAGUAUAAUUCUUACACUCAAUUUUUAUUAUGAUACUAUAAUUAUAGACUUCUGGUCAACAAUCUAGUCUGCUUUUUUGUUUUUGUACUAAAGCAAAAUUGAACCAUGCCUUUUUCAUGCAAGACAAGAAAGUAUUACUCCAUAGAUGCUCAGGAAUCAAGGUUAUUUAAUUAUUUAAAGUAUUUCUCACUCAUUGACCCCCAGUGAGUUAAACUGUCCUGGCCAGAUGGUAAGUUUUCUGUAUUUGUAAUGCACAGCUUUGGAGAAGCUUAACACUGAUAGGCCUGCCAAAGUUAAUUUGAAUGUCAUUAAAGUAUGAGUGAAUGGAGUGGGGUGAGGGUGGGGUGUGUGUGCAUGUGUGGUUUGAGGAGUAAUAAUGUUUGGAUGGGGCAAAAGGAUGGGGCUCCACCUGCUGCCACCUGUCAAUAUUUAAGUCCUAUAUAAGCAUCUUUCCUCCACAGGGAAAACCAGAGCUAAGCUUGGUGCUCACACAACAACCUGGACCUAACAGACCAAGGUCACAGCAAGGACUCUGUGUUGCUGAAUUUUUCUAAAAUAUCUCAAAAAAUAGUUGCUUAUCUCCAUCUCUGAAAGACUGUAAUAUCACGUUCAGACAGAAAAGAUGAAGCCUUGUACGCCAGCCUGUGUGGAUACGGGUUCUGAGUGUGAUCCCAGAGACCUAGAGAAGUUUCAGAGUGUGGUACGGAAGAGGGUGGCAGCCAAUGCCCGAGAGAGGAAGAGGAUGCAGGGCUUGAAUACAGCUUUCGACCAGCUGCGCAAAGUGGUUCCUCAGUGGGGUCAGGACAAAAAACUUUCAAAGUAUGAAACCUUGCAGAUGGCUCUGAGCUACAUCAUGGCCCUCAACCGCAUCCUGGAUGAUUCUAGUAAAAACAGCACCUCUCACAGGCAAUGGCUGGACCUGCAGUAUGACGGCCUGCAGUCUGAGAGCUACCCCUACAUCGUGAGGUACAGCUCACCCACUGAAAACGAGUGCAUGUACACCUCCUUCUCCUACCAUUACGAGGAUUUCCAAGCUCUGAAUUAGACUGAGGCAUGCUGGAGUGUUAACUUGUAUCUUCUAUUCUGUGGAUACAGGACUCAGUAAAUACAUUUGUAUUGCAAUUAUUUUGAUGUAUUAGCCUAUAUUAUAUAUUGAUCACCUUUCAUUAGUGUGGUACGAAACUAUUCUAGCCAUAUAGCAUUUAUUUCUGAAAGUAAUUUCAACAAAAAUGCGUUAUUAUGGUUAUUAAUUUAUUAUGUAGUGAGUAGUCCUGGCUCUCGCAGCCAAACACUCAAAUCUUGUAUUGCUUUGUAUCAAAUCAUUCAAUUGGUGAAAGCUUAAAGCUUAGUGUACAAUAAUAUUUGUAAUGUUUGUCUUCUUAAUUGUUUUUGUUCUUUUUGUAAAUUGUGGUUUGUCAGCACAUCAUUGAGUGUGUUUAUUUAGAAAAGUAUGUACUCUAGCCACCAUGUGCAAUUUCUAGUACAUUAGUGCAAGAA